GAGAGUUUGGCUCCCCUGAUAAACUGCUAUAAGCAGAUUAAGGUUCAUCUGAAGCGUGUGGUGAUAUUUUCAUGUGACUAUUUUUAUUACAUUUGUAUUAUUUUCUCAUAUUAAAUGGACUAAAUAACAAUGCGUAAAACAAAGCUAAGUUCGUUGUUGUUUGUUAUUCUAUGUGCUGUAAUUAUACAAGUUAAUGCGAACAAUGAUCACCAAUUAACCAAACUUGGUGCAAAAACAGGACCAACAUUAAAAUUCUUUUAUUGUUACUCUUGUGGAUAUAGAAAAGUUUAUGAAGAAUAUGUUGGUAUUCUACGACAAAAGUAUCCAGACUUACAAAUUGAUGGAGAAAACUUUAAUCCUCCUGGAUAUAAUAUGUUAAUAGCCAAAAUUUUGGGAACAGCGAAAAUUUUGAUUAUACUUUUAAUCAUUAGUGGAAUUAAUAUAUUUCAACGAUUGGGUCAGCCAGAACCAUCAUUAUGGCGAUGGUGCAUUGAUAAUCGCUUUUAUGCCUGUGUAAUGAUAUUUUUUAUUUGUAAUGCUAUAGAAGGUCAGCUUAUUUCAUCAGGUGCAUUUGAAAUACAUUUUAAUGAUGUUCCUGUGUGGUCAAAACUUGAAACAGGUAGAAUACCACAACCACCAGAAUUAUUCCAGAUAAUUGAAACUCAUUUGCAUAUGCAAUUUCCAGAUAUUGAUGUUGGAAAGAUUGGUUUUAAUAAGUAACAUUGUAUUACUAUAAGUUUAUACUGCAUUCUUUUAAUUAUUUACAUUAUUGGGAAUUUGCCUUUGGCAAAAUAUGAUACACUCGAAUGAUUUCAAUUUAUUUUUAUGUAUUAAAAUGUUUCGUUAUAAAUGUCUCCUACUACUAGUACGCUAUGUAAGAUAGAGAGUAAAAAUCUAUAUAACUAUAACAUUCUAAUUAAAUAGUUACCAAAGCGACAUUACAAUAGGAAUUAUAUUUACUAUUUUAAUGUAAACAUUAUAUUUCAACAUAAAUCUUUUAAAAAUCGUA